UUCCAACAAACACACCACAGCCUCCUUCAGCCGGAGAGAGGGGGGCAGAGGAGAAGUGACGGGAGAGCAACAUCAGCACCACUGACAAGCAUCUCCCUCACUGAGGGAUGCAGGGAGACAGGAAAGAGAGGUGGGGAGAAGAGGGCUUCUGAGAUAAGUGGAAGAAUUAAGUUAGUUGGAGAGACGAGCAGUGAAGGAGAGUUGGGAGUCAGAGCUGCUUGGGUGGCAGCUGGGAGAUCAGGAGCUUCUUUUUCUCCUUUCAGUUCUUGGCUGUGAGCUCUCUCUGGCUCCUUUCUCCUCCUUUUUCUCCUCCUCCUCCUUCUCUUCAUCUCCUCUGCUCCUUCUUCUCACCCCGACUCUCCUCCCAGCUCCCGCCGUGGGGUCUCAGCUCUCCAUCUCCCUCCCCCCCUCCCUGGCUCCCUACCUCCCCCGGGCGCUGCUUGGAGACUCCGGGCUGCUGCGCCGCAGGAGGAUGUCUCGGAGGGAGUCUCCGCCGCCGCCUCCGCCACCUCCACAGCUGCUGGGGGGCCAAGGGGGGGACUGCGAGGACCGUCCGGAGCGAACGGAGCCCCUUUCCGACUCUGAAAGGGAGAUCAUCCAGGACACGUGGGGGCAUGUCUACAAGAACUGUGAAGAUGUGGGGGUGUCUGUGCUCAUCCGGUUUUUUGUCAACUUCCCAUCUGCAAAGCAGUAUUUCAGCCAGUUCCAGGACAUGGAGGACCCUGAGGAGAUGGAGCAAAGCAGCCAACUGAGGCAGCACGCUUGCAGGGUGAUGAACGCCAUUAACACCGUGGUGGAGAACCUCAAUGACCCGGAGAAGGUGUCCUCAGUGCUGGCCCUGGUGGGAAAGGCCCAUGCCAUGAAACACAAAGUGGAACCCAUAUACUUUAAGAUCCUGAGCGGAGUGAUCCUGGAGGUGCUGUCUGAAGACUUCCCAGAUUUCUUCACAGCGGACGUGCAGUUGGUGUGGACCAAACUGAUGGGGGCGCUGUACUGGCACGUGACGGGGGCCUACACUGAGGUGGGCUGGCUCCAGGUCUCCAGCUCCGCAGUGUGAAAAAUCAGCAAAGAAGAUGGUAGCAGUUUUUGUUGGAGAAAUAAAUAGCUGCAUGUGUGAACGAAUGGAAGUUUGGUUUCACAGACAUGGAUCAGAUUAACACAGUAAUCCGUGCAACAUUCUUCCACACUUUGGUUGCAUUUUGGUGCUGAGCUUUUGUUGCUGUGCUGCAGAGGUCAGUUGGACACCAAGCGAUGUAACUAGACAUCACCUAAAUCUUCUUAGCUUAUGUCAGUGGUGUUUUGGUACAUGCGUUCUAGCAACAACAAAAAAAAGAAAAAAAAAAGGCUGUUGUUUUUAGUACUUACAAGCCUGUUCUUCUACAGGUAAUUCCCGUGGCUUCAGAAUCACAUAAACCAUCACUCCAUGUGUAGCAUGAGUGCUUUCUCAUUAAAGAACUGCCACAUGUUUAGGCAAGCAACUCUGAGAGCUUUCCAAUUUCAUUUAUUUCUGUGGUGGUCAGUCGUAGCUGUAGCUCAAGGUCUGUUAAGCUUUAGCUGAGAACACACGUGGUUAAACGUAAAAACAGAGGUACAACUUAAGAAAUAUAUUUGAUCUUUAUGAGCUGAGGCAGGGCUUUCACUUUUGGCAGACUUAUCGUCUCAAAUAAGGUUAAAACUAAAUGGUCAGAGUUUAUAAUGACAUUUUGGCAUUGUGGUAUAUCAAUUUCAUUUGUUCAAGUAAAACUUCAAGAUGAAAAAUCUUUCAAUUCAAUCCUGUUUUUUUCGUGACAGUAACCUUUGGCAAAUCUCGAUGUCUUGUUCUUUAUUCUUGGUAGCAAUCCGAGGGGUGAAGUGGUCUGUUAAUCCACACAUCGAGGUAAACUCACACGUUUUGUAUACUAGGCUAGGCGACUAUUGGACUCCUGCUUGAUACUAUUUGGAGGAGAGGAAGAGAAAUUUUGAUGUGGAUGGAAACAUUUCCUGAAUCAAUGCAAUGUUUAUGAGGACCUUUUUAACAAAAGAAAUAGAAAAAUCUCUUGUGAAGAAAGCUGGAAUCAAAGAUAGGCUGUGUGAAGUUUUUUUUUAUUGGUAAUUGCUCCCUUGCCUGUAGUAGAAACAUGACAUAACGAAGUGAGUUUGUAGAAGAAGAAAGAGAUCUUCAGAGGAAGGGAAGACUAACAAUCAAUCAGAUGGACCUCAUUUUAGGUGAUGUUAGCACCAGAAAACAACUCAAACUGAAAAUGUUUUUUAUCCAUGGCGUGCAGUACUAUAUUAGUGGAAAUAUAAAUAUCUACACUUUCACAGACGACAGUUGUUAAGUUUUUCGCCGUUUUUCCAGCGGAACAAUAUCCGUGUUGCUAUGUAAUGUUAUGUUUGUUGAGACUGUCUCAACCUGCCUGAUCAGCUUUACCCUUUCAGUCAGCCGACAUCAUUUCCAAACAUCUGGAAAUCUCUCUAAUGCCGCUGUACAAUUGACGGCCUGUCGGAAAUAUCCAAACGUUUAUUCCUUAUCUUGCAGGCUUAGAGCGGAUUGACGAGAUGGAGUUGAUUACGGACCGAUGCAAUCGACUCCCUCAAUCAAUCAACAAUUUUAUUUGGCUAAGAAAGCUAUCAAAGUUAUCAAACACCCCUGGCGAUGGUGCUGUCACCCUCAGAGUCUGAGGUCCCUGUUACACCUAAUCUGUUUUUAAACAUAUACUUUCCUCCUCUCAUUUAAAAAAUGUCAACAUAGCCGCUUGGAUCCUAAUAAAAAAAAAGCUGUAAUACGUUGUUUACUCCGCUCUUUCUGUUAAUACCUAUAACCUAUUCAGCUCACAUUUAAAUAUGAAUGAAGUCAGAACAAAGGCGUAAUAACGGGUAAAAAA